GUGCUUCAGUGGCGGAGGAGCGAGCAAGCAUAGCGGUGGCAAAGCGGAACAAGGGCGCCUGGAUGAAGUGGGAAGGGGUGAUGGAUCAGAAGGUCACCUGGAAGGACAUCUGGAAGUGAAAACCCAGAGAGGAUCAAGUUCUUGAUUCAGGGGGUGAACGAUGUCUUUCCCAGACCAUCCAACCUGUUCGUAUGGGGAAUAACAGAGACACCAGCCUGCCCCCUGUGUUCCAAGACUGGGACCCUCGAACACAUUCUGAGCAGCUGAUUCAGGGCACUGAGAAAUGUGCGCUAUCGCUGGAGACAUGAUCAAGUCCUCAAGACCAUCGCUGAGGCAAUUAGCAAGGCCAUCAGCAAUAGCAGACACCACCACGCUCCAGCCAGAAUGAUGUUGUUUGUGAAGGAGGGAGAAAAGCCCCAAAGAAUGGCCAAGAAUGGAACUGGUGGACUGCUUUCUACAGCACGAGACUGGGUGAUGGCAGUUGAUCUGGGAGGCAGCUGAGAAUCCCAGCUCACAUCACCCAGACCACAUUGAGACCAGACAUAACCUUGACCUCUGAGGCCACAAAGCAGCUCAUCCUCCUGGAGCUAAACGUGCCCUGGGAGGAGAGGUCAAAAAGGAAGGGGUAAAAAUACCAGGAGCUGGUGAAGGAAUGCCACAGGAACGGAUGGAGGACAAAGGUGCAUGCCAGUGGAAGUGGGCUGCCGAGGGUUUGCAGGUCAGUCCUUCAGCAAGGCCUACGGCAUCCUCGGCAUCACAGGCGAAAUCAGGAGAACAGUGAAUAACAACAACGUUGAGGCGGAGGAGAAGACGUCAAGAUGGCUCUGGCUGAAAAGGGGCAGCAGUGGGGUCCGCAGAAUGCCACUUGGACACAGACUGAGGCUUGAUCGGACACAGGCUGAGGCUUGAUCAACCUCAGUCGGGUCGCCUGGAGGAGGGUGUCUGUUCCAAGACCCGAACCAACGAAUGACUCCAGGAUACAACACUGAUGUGUGCCCAAAUCUGCAUCAGUAGAUCUCAGCAAAAGAAUCUGGAGGGAUAUGUCGGCUUUGCAAGCCUCCCCAACCAAGUGUACAGGAAGUCUGUCAAGAGGGGCUUCGAGUUCACCCUGAUGGUCGUGGGUGAAUCGGGGCUUGGCAAAUCCACGUUGAUCAACUCUCUGUUCCUAACAGACCUGUACUCAGCAGAAUAUCCUGGACCUUCACAUCGAAUCAAAAAGACUGUACAGGUGGAGCAGUCCAAAGUUUUAAUAAAGGAAGGCGGUGUCCAGCUGCUGCUCACAAUAGUUGACACCCCAGGGUUCGGGGAUGCUGUCGACAACAGCAACUGCUGGCAGCCAAUCAUCGACCACAUAGACAGCAAGUUUGAAGACUAUCUGAACUCAGAAUCCCGGGUGAAUAGAAGACAGAUGCCUGAUAGCCGAAUCCACUGCUGCCUGUACUUCAUUGCCCCCUCAGGACACGGACUGAAACCCCUGGACAUUGAGUUCAUGAAGCGGUUGCAUGAGAAAGUCAAUGUCAUCCCACUGAUCGCCAAAGCAGACACUCUCACCCCAGAGGAAUGCCAACAGUUCAAGAAGCAGAUCAUGCGGGAAAUCCAAGAGCACAAAAUCAAGAUCUACGAGUUCCCCGAGACGGACGACGAAGAGGAGAACAGGCUGGUGAAGAAAAUCAAGGACAAGCUGCCGCUGGCUGUCGUAGGAAGCAACACCAUCACUGAGGCGAAUGGGAAGAGGGUCAGAGGGAGACAGUACCCCUGGGGGGUCGCAGAAGUUGAAAACAGUGAUCACUGUGACUUCACCAUCCUCAGGGACAUGCUGAUCAGAACUCAUAUGCAGGACCUGAAGGACGUGACGAACAACGUCCACUAUGAAAACUAUCGCAGCAGGAAGCUGGCCGCUGUCACCUACAACGGAGUGGACAACAACAGGGCUAAAGGUCAACUGUCCACCAAACAUGACACAGUUGAAGGAAUGAGUCCUCUGGCCCAGAUGGAGGAGGAGAGGCGAGAGCAUGUGUCUAAGAUGAAGAAGAUGGAGAUGGAGAUGGAGCAGGUGUUUGAGAUGAAAGUCAAGGAAAAAGUGCAGAAGCUCAAAGACUCUGAAGCAGAGCUUCAGCGGCGUCAUGAGCAGAUGAAGAAGAACCUGGAGGCUCAGCACAGAGAGCUGGAGGAGAAGAGACGCGUGUUUGAGGACGAGCGAGCAAACUGGGAGGCGAUGCAGCGCCAGGAGCAGCAGAAAAUGGAGGCAUCCAGGACCCUGGAAAAGAACAAAAAGAAAGGCAAGAUCUUCUAGAGACAGUCGGCAGGACCAACCCAACUCCAGUUACUUUUUUUGCCAACGUUGCCGGUCAGGACACCAGUGUGCGGUGCUGACACCCCCCUCCUACUCCUCUUCCUCCUCCUCCUCCUCCUCCUCCUCCUCCUCUGCCAGCACAGCUGUGGUCCUGCUCCCACCCACUAGAGGGGGCACUGGGGGUGUUUGUGGAUACAUGGGGGGGAACCGCCACCACCGAAACCCCCCACUGCCUCGGGACUCAUAAUCAAAGAAUGUGUUUACCUUAACAGCCGAAUAAAACAAUCCCCAUUUUAGUAAGGCCAAACCCAUAUUAUUAUUUUAAUUAUUAAAAUUAUUAUUGAUGUUAUUAUUACUGUUGUUAUAACUGAAUAUUGCUCCCCCCCCCCCAAGGUUGCUUUUAAAUGACUGAUGGGUAGAGUUUCAUGGAGAGUUAAGACAAAAAAAAUACCCAUGAGUCACGUCUGAAUGUUGUACAAUCAAGUUAUGGUGAAUUCUAUUUGUUUACAGGAUAAAAAUGACAGAAACAGUAUAUGAACGUUAACCUGAUCUUCGACACUGAAGAAGACAAGGCAUUAAUUAAUCCUUUUUUUUUGUGUGUGUGUACCUGAUAAACCAUUAGCCUAAGAUGAAACGGUGUGAACAGAAAAACAUUUUGGAAAAUGCACCUUGGGCCUUUUUUAAUUGACAUUCUUUUUAAAUGGCUAAAGCUUCUUCUUUUGUCUUUUUUGUUACACUUUCUUUAUCCUGCAUUUCGCUAUCUCCACUAGCCUUUGACCACCAUUUAUAAUUUCAUAAGUGUUAUAUUUCACUUUAGUUUAUUUUUAUAUAUUUACCGAGCCAGCUGAAGUAAUAACUUCUUUUGUAUGUUCAGAAAACUUUCAGAGACUUGACAGCAGCGUCCACUGUUUCGGGGGAAAAAAGAAUUACACACACUUUGACAAGUGACAGUGAUCCGGGUCGUGUUGGAAAGAGAAAAACAAUAUUUAAUCACUGCGGAAAAGUGAUCAGAGGGAAAUAAAGUGUCGACACCGCAGUUUGCUUUGGCUAUGUACUCCCAUCUCUGUAUUUUUAAUUUUAUUUUUCAUUUGUAUUGUACAAAGUCACUUAAUAAACCUGUGAUGAUA